AUGGAGUUCAUUGACGAAGCUGUCCAAUCCUUCCUCUGUAAGGAUGGACAACCCCUACCUCGCAUCACCCUUGGUGCCGUGGAUCGAGAUGGAACACUACACUACGCAAAGUGUUUCGGUGGUGACCAAGGGGAAGCUUGCAGAGCUGAUGAUGUGCACUGGAUUGCGUCCGCAACCAAAUUCAUCACAAGCAUCGCGGUCAUGCAAUGCAUCGAAAAGGGGCUACUGGACUUGGACGCAGACAUCUCUGCCAUCCUCCCUGAGUGGAAAGAUCCCAAGAUCUUGACUGGAUUCAAUGAGAAGAACGAGCCCCAAUUCCGACCAGCAAAAAGGCCUCUUACUCUUCGGCUUCUCUUAACCCACUCAUCUGGGAUGGCCUAUACUUUUAUGCAUCCGCUUUCGAUGCGCUACCAAGAGCUGGAAGGCGAGCGACCUCUGUUCCUGCAGACAAUCUCCUUCCAUACAUUUCUAGUAUUCGAGCCUGGAGAACAAUGGCUGUAUGGUCCUGGACUUGAGUGGGCUGGGUUGAUGGUCGAGCAUGUGACGGGCCACAAACUAGGUACAUAUAUGGAGGAAAACAUGUUUGAACCUGUUGGUGCCAGGGACAUUACUUUCCAUCUGAAUGAGAGAGAGGACCUCCGCGCCCGAAAGGUGAAGCUGUGGGAACGAGAUCAUCACCGACUCAGAGAGGUCACUGACUUCUGGAUGCCCGACCCUGUCAUAGACGACAUUGGAGGUGGCGGGAUCUACACAACUGUGCCUGAUCUGCUCAAGAUCUACCUCGGGGUGUUGCAGGGAAGACUGCUCCGACCCGAGACUUUGCAGCUGAUGUUCAAGCCACACCUUGAGAGCCGCAAGGGCUUCGAUAACCAAGAGGAUCACAUUCUGGCAAAUCGCAACGCAAUUUAUAACGCCGUGUCUAGCAAUGUCCCCGUCGACUACGGGCUUAGCGGUCUGCUUAACAUGAUUGACGUGCCCGGUGGCCGCAGCCAGUACUCGCUGUCCUGGUCCGGGCUCCCCAAUUGCUACUGGUGGAUCGACAUGAAGAAAGGCAUUGCUGGUGUGUACUUGUCCCAACUUCUACCCACGGGCGACCAAAGGGCUAUUGAUCUUCUGGCUGAGUUCGAGCGGGCCGUCUAUACAGUGCUAGGAUGA